CGGCGUCGCUUCCACGACGGCUUUUGUGCGCGCCAGCUGGGUUUGUGGUGGAAGGGAGGGUAGAAGUUGCCGUUAGCGAGGCAUUGACCUUUGCUUGCCCCUUUCUUUUUCUCCCCCGCCAUGACUUCAGAACGGGGAGCGGGCAAUGAGGGCAUCAAGUUAUCAGCAGAGGUUAAACCAUUUGUCCCCAAAUUUGCAGCAGUAACAGUGGCAUGGUCAGAACCCUCAGAAGCAUGUGUCUUUCCUGGAUAUUAUACAACAUGCUACCCAUAUGUUCAGGAGCCAUCAGUAAAUAAACAACAGCUAUAUAUUGAAGAAGUACCGUGGGAUACCUCCACCUGUCUUUCUCAGCAUGGAUCUCAAAAUCUUACAGGAUGUACUUCUCUUGCGGAGUACAGCAGUCCUCCUUAUUCACUUACUGCCGCACCAAGAACACAUGCAGUUUCCAGCUUCCAGAGUCAGAACAUUUUUACUAAACAGGGUAAAGAGUUCACCAAACAGACUUCUUUGAUCAGAAAACAAUGUGCUACUUUAUCCAGGACACAACUGAAAAAUAAUGAAACUAGAUUGGAGGAUCAAAGGCCUAAUGGAAGUGAUUUUACCGGCAGAUCAACAGAAAAUUCACCUUAUAUUGCUCAGCAUAACAGGAAUCCUAUUAAAUCUGACACACUGACUUACAUGAUUGAAAAAAAAGAGGCCAGAAUACACAAUAGGCCUAUUAAAGUUAUGAAUGGGAAGUUCAACCAAAUUCCAAACGCUGAGCAUCUACCAGAACCUGCCUUUGAAAUGACCUUGUCAGAUUUCCCAAAACUCCAAGACCUAGAAAGUAACAAUCUCCUGGAUCUUCAAAAGCAUGCAUGGGGGCCAGUGGGCUCAGCAGAAGGAGAUAAGCUGCCUCUGACACCUCCAGGAAAACUUGCAAUUUCAAACAUAACCAAAGAGGUUGAAGUAUGUCGAAAAAAGCAUUUCCAUACAAGACCCUUAAGUUCUUCAUCAGAUCCUGGAGUUCCUCAGGCACAUUCAGGCCUUUUCACUGAGUCACCCUUAUCUUGGGCCACGGUGCUUUCACAAACUCCCAAAAAAGUUGUUUCAGUUCCAACUUCAAUUCUGGCAAGCAAUCAUUCUGGAAGUAAAAAAACAGAUAAUGUUCCUGAGGAUUACAAGCAACCAGAAAGAAGAGAAAAUGCAAGUAACCUUGAAGAAACAGCAAAUAAAAAGAAGAAGAAAAAGAAGAAAAAGAAACCCAAAUCAUGCAGUGAAGUUGAGAAACUUCCUAUCCAGAGGAUUUUAGUUCAAGACCCUCCAAGAAUCGAGGAUAUUGAAGAAUUCCCAGAUUUAGCAGCUGCUUUUGACAGAAAACAUAAACAGGCAACUGAAAGUAUUCCUUGUUUAACACCUAUUAUUGAGAAGACUAAAGUAAUCACAAAGCUCUCUACAUUUGAGUCUCAUGACUGUUCUCCAAAGGAAUUAAUAAUACCUAUGCCAGAUGUAUUAUCAACAAGAAAAACAAGCAAACAGGAUUCACCAGCUCCAAUACAAAAAAAGAAAAUGCUGGAUACUCUGCCCUCUAAGAAAAAUACAAAAAAGAGUCAGAUUCCUGUGCAGCUUGAUUUGGGGGAUAUGCUGGCAGUUUUGGAAGAAAAACAGCAUGCAGAAAAAUUAAAGCAAUCAUUUAAACCUGUGGUACUUUCAGUUGGUGGUGGAGUAACAUUGCCCUUAAAGGAAUCUCCCAGAGUGACAAAAACUUUGCAGUCAGUUCAGAAAAAUACUCCACACAACCCCUUGGACUCUAGUUCUCCAUUGGUCAAGAAGGGGAAGCAGAAAGAAGUCCCAAAGCCAAAGAAGCCAACAUCACUAAAAAAGAUUAUUUUGAAGGAGAGAGAACAGCGAAAACAGCAAUACAUUUUAGAACAGAUGGCUAUACCGAAGAAAGCUGAUGUUGUUGAGCAGAAUGCAGAAUCUGUUCCUGAUGACGAACAAUUUUGUAAAGCCCCCAGAGAAGAAGUUGUAAAAGAAGUUGCAGAGGAGCCAGUAUUUCUGACGCAAAGUAGUUCAGAAGUGGACUUGAGAUGUACAGAAUCCAGUGGCUCCUUGCAAAACUCCAUUGCUUCAUCGCAGUUGAAACCCAGCUUUCCCAAAAUCCACAGCCGAAGAUUUAGAGACUACUGUACCCAAGUGCUUAGUAAAGAGGUUGAUAGCUGCGUUACAGAUCUCCUAAAAGAGUUGGUUCAUUUCCAAGACCGCCUGUAUCAGAAAGACCCUGUGAAGGCCAAGACGAAACGCAGAGUCGUUAUGGGACUCAGAGAAGUAUUGAAACACCUGAAGCUGAAGAAGUUGAAAUGUGUCAUCAUUUCUCCAAAUUGUGAAAAAAUUCAGUCAAAAGGUGGGUUGGAUGAGACUCUGCAUCUCAUAAUUGAUACUGCAUGUGAACAGAAUAUUCCAUUUGUUUUUGCUCUCAAUCGCAAAGCUCUAGGGCACUGUGUGAAUAAAUUAGUGCCUGUUAGUGUGGUGGGAAUAUUCAGCUACGAUGGUGCUCAGGACCACUUUCACAAAAUGGUGGAAUUAACAAUGGAAGCAAGGCUGGCGUACAAGGAGAUGAUUUCAGCUUUAGAGAAGGAGUCAAGUGAAGAAGUAAAACAAGGUGACUGUGCACUCCAAACCCAUCAGAAAGAGAAUUAUGCGCUUGAUAAUGGUAUAGUGCCCCUUCAAGAAUCUGAAGAGGACGCCCCAAAUUACAUUAAGAUCUGGAAGCAAAAGCUUGAAGAGGAGUAUAAUCCUUAUAUCCUGGAGCUGGAAAAACUGUCAACCACUGACAUGUUGCCCUUGGGUGUUGAGGAGCCUCAGUAAAUCAAGACUACCUUCUUUGGCAUUAUUGACUUUUACUUUAUGUGUGUGUCUGAGUGUAUAUAGACGUGUAAAUAGUGAAUUACCUAAAUUUAAUUAUCUGUAAUAUAGGAUAGAAAACCCACAGUUGAAUUUCUGAGAUAAUUUAAUGCCAAAGAAUUCAGAGCUGUUCAAUAACUUCCCUCCGAGGGCGGAUUCAGUGAAAGCGCUUGGCUCAUCCAAAUGGAAUACGGAUUGAGACAGGAAUUGAAUCGGGUUUGUUUGUCUUUUCAUAUAGCAAUAUUGUAGAGAAAGACCUUUAGUCUCUGCUCCGUAUAAGCACAGAGUCUCCAAUCACUGUUCUCAUGAUUUCCUAUAAUUAUGUCACUGGAUUGAUACAAAUGAACUGAAUGAACUGAAUUAAGCUUGUAAGUGGUUUCUUUUUCUCUUUAUGAUAGAAUACCCAACUCUGCAUAAAUAAUAAUAUGAAAUGGGAAAAAAGAAAAGGGAACACUAUUGAUUUUCUCUGAGACAUUAUUGUAAAUAUAUAUAUAAAAUAUACUAAUAUAUAAUGAUUCCAAUUAGACAUAGGCAAAUUAGAAAAACAAAAAUGCACUACUGUCAGCUGGUUUAUUUUGUGAUGGAGCCAUUUGGUGUAGGUCAUGGGUGUGUAAUUAAAAGAUGGUAGAAACGAAGUGGAAUUAUUAAAUACAUAGAAAAUAAUCAUUAAUUUAUUGGUACUGUAUUUUCCUAUUCUGUCCCGUUCUACAGCUUGAUAUUAACUUUAGAGGGGCUCUGUACAGCCCUGGAACUGACAGAUAUAUUUGUUGCAAAUAACCUGAUUGGGAUCCUCUCAGCUGUCAACUAAAAUCUCCAGCAGUUUAUUAAAUAUUGGGGGUAGAUUAUAGUCAUGUAUGGCAUGGUGGCCUAGUGGUAAAGAUGCUCACCUCCCAAUCAUAGGUAGCGUCAGAUAUUUCCUAGGCGCAAAGAAAAUCUGCUGUAAACUUUAUGUGGUGUUAGGAAGGGGAUCCAACCAGUAAAAUGCUCGGCUCCAUUGGCCCAACUCUAUCCCAAAUUAAGGGAUUACAGAGACGUAAAAGGAAGUUUGGUGGUAGAUUAUAAUCACAGAUAACAGAAAAUGUUCACCAUAAAAUAGCUUGCAUUUUGCAUACAAAGUAAUUUCUCUGUUAAUUGCUAUCUUUAGAAAGCUAGCAGGAUUCUAUGGUGCAGAAAGUGGCAGCAGCGCAAAACGAGAAGCAGGCAAUGUGAAAUGGCUGAGUUUACUAAGCAUUCUUUUCUGCGGUUUUGCUCAUAUACCUAUGCUAAUGGUGCAGUUUAGCCCAACAGAGAAAAAUUGUGAAGGGUCUUUGUGUCCUAGGACAGCAGUCCCCAACCUUUCUGGCUUGGCGAUCUGGCAGUGGGAGGGAGAGAGGGGAGUUCCCUGUGACUGGUAGGUGACCAGGUGCAAGCGCACUCAGCGUCAUUUGUGCGAGCACAAGGGGAGUUUUGCACACAUAUACAUGCUCACUCACCACUUGCAAGGCCCGGUUCCAAACAGGCCAGGGCCCGGUAGUGGGCUGCAGCCUGGGAGUUGGAGACUCCUGUCCUAGGAUGUAAAACAAAAAAAUCCAGUCCUUUGUAUUAACUUUCCAGAACCCAAAUAAACGUAGAAGCUGAAGAGAGGUUAGCCUGAUCUAUCAGCACAACUUUUCUCUCUCCAAUGGAUCCGGAGAUCUUGUUUCAGCCAGAAGAACCAACUGUUGUGUGGGAGUUUGACACCUCUGCUCAGAACGCUUAGCCAUUCUUAUUUUUACCGCAGUGAUAUGGAUGAUUAUUCCAUUUUGGACCAUUUUAUGAUAAGCUUUCCAACAUUUCUGUGUCUCAAGACAACUGAAUAAUUGUACAAC